CUCCGUCUAUUUAAUACUGUAGUUAAUGCGUGGGUUUCCAUGGAAUUGACGAGUGAAAAUGUAAAUGUGAUGGUAGAGGCCGACAUCAUUGGUGCUAUUCACAUCUUCCCCCCUCCCCCUCGCCUUUACAAGACCUUCUUUCUAUUAUUCCACUUUCAACUUCAACAUAUCACGGUAGAUCUGAACAUCUUGCAGGUCCUUCGACUCUCUCCACUACUCUGAAGUCAAGACACCCCCCUUUUCCGUCUUACCGGGCAGGAUACUUCUUUUCUCUAAUGCCUCACCCAGUAUAGAUCUUGGUUCACAAUGUCGGUUCAACGGAAUGGUCGCAACGUAUUCAUUGAGUUUGCAUCCGCGCCUGGCGUCAUACGAGGGGGUAUCUGUGCCGCACCGAACCUGACCACAGCUCAAUUCCUUGUAUUACUGAAUCAUCUUUUCAAGGCACGUGCCGGCGGGUUUUCAACUCGCCUAAAAGGAUCCAACACGCAUUUACUUCCAACGACACAGGCUAUUCAGCAUGGCGUGUACAUACUGACUCCAGUGACCCCGGGAGAUCAGAUAUUGAUCAGCGACACUCAAUAUCACCGCCGUGCCGACCCCGCCUUGGGUACGCCCCGGGAGCAGGCAUUCUCUACUCAAGUAAGGCAGAGAGACCGCCGGUGUGUUAUCACACACACGCCUGUUCUAUCGGCUGAUGUCGACAUGUGGGAGGGGUUUCAAGCCAGUCAUAUAUUUCCGCGGAACCUUGAAAAACUCUUCGUCGAUCUAGGAUAUGCGAACUUGGUGACGCAUUCGCAUCCCAAAGGCGUCAACUCUCCUCAGAACGGGAUCUUGCUUAAGAACGAUGUGCAUACGCUUUACCACCGCUAUGCCCUCUCCAUCAAUCCCGAUGAUGAAUACAGAGUUUACAGCUUCAGGCCAAAUGCCUAUCAAUACCACGGGUUGAUUCUCGAUACCGUGUGCCGGCAGCCAAAUGAUUCACGUGCAGUGCAUCCAGAAUUCCUGCGUUGGCACUUCGAGCAGGCGGUACUGAGCAAUAUGCGUGGUGCAGGCGAGCCUCUCUGGGAAUUUGAUUUCCCACCAGGCGCAGACAUGAUGGGGGAGAUACGACGUGGACCGUUGCCCGAGCUCAGAAUGGAGACCGAAUUGUUCGCCCGCCUGGGCUCUUAUGACGAGGCUGCCUCUGAGGACGAUUCAGAUGGUGAUACCAAAUAGGCCUCUCACGCCCGUGCUCUGCCGUUCGACAAGAGACAUUCCACUGCUCAGGACACCCACUGCAGGUGCGGUCUCUCUUCUGCAUGGCUCAGCCCCUUAAUCACCAACCGACAUUAUGCAGCAAAUAUUAUAGCAUCAAUGAGGGCGGCUAAGCAAAGAGCAGUUGGCACAGAAGUCAAUCCGAGAGUUGUAGCAAUUUUUUUUUUUUUUUUUUUUUUUUUUUUUU